GGCAUGGCAUGAAAUAUGCCAUUGCUCGUUAAGCACUCACCGGAUGGGCGUUUUAUGGCUUGAUGGAUUUGAAUAUCCUGUUUAUUCUUUCGCAUUUGUGUUUUUGUUUUUUUUUCUUUGAUGCACUGGAUACCUGGCUGGCACGGUUUUGGUUUUUAUUUAUGGCAGAGGACACAGCCCCUCAUUUUCUGGCGAAACAGCAGCGCAUUCUUCUUUUUUGUUUUAUGGCUUUGGGUUUGGGAUUUGUCAUGGAGAUACCUCUCAUUUUCUUUCUGUUAUCUAACUGCAACUCUGUUUCUCCUUUGUACAACACAUCCUGAAAGUUUGUGGAUAUUUUUUGGUUUCAGAGCUCUGUCCUGCUUAUCUGGAGAUCGGAGUCUGUCAUUUUCCACGGUCAUAUGUACAUAGCGGAUGAUCCCUUUUCUUUAUGGCACAUAUCUCUCUUUCUAUGAAAGAACAGUAAUUAAUGCCUGGAUUUGCUUGUUGGUUAAUCAUUGAUAAGAAAAGUAAUGGAACGUGACUAAAUAGUAGGUAUAUCAUUAUGUCUGCCUUCUA